AUGGCGCAGACACAGCCCCCGACCUUCAUCAACCUCCCGCCUCCCACCUCCAGACCAGAGACCCCCUCUGAGAUGCCAGGCACUCCUACGAGCACCACUACCUCGCUUUCCGCCCUAUCUACCACUGCGAUCAAAGAUGGUCAUCGCGGCCACUUCCCACAGGGUCCUCUCAGUCGUGGACACCAACAUAACCCUUCCACACAAAGUCUCGAGGCUGAACGUGCCGACCGAAUCUCCCGACUCGCUGGUCUUGAGCGAGUCUCAACCCUUCGGGCACCUCCUCAAGCGAACGCCCAAGGAGCAUCCUCUCCCUCACCUCAGACCACGCCAACCUCUACAACUGGGUUUCCGCCCAACUACCCUGCUACACAGCACCUGACACCUGCAUAUUUCGAUAGCAAUGGCCAGCCUGUCGCUGUGACCAAGAUGAGUACUGUCGGGACGGCCAGCGCAACUGAGAGCCAUGUCGGCGAUGGCGAUGAUACGCGCACAACUGCUGGCGAACACGAUGAAGACAUGUUCAGCACCGAUACCAACUACCGUGAAGCCGAGUCGGUCGCAAGCAUGGGUGGCUAUCCCGACGCUAUGGACGAGGAUCUCGAUGGUGCCAAUGCUCGUUCUGUGGCUGGUUAUGACGAUCGCAUGAGCGAUGACGGCUCUGCCUCUCUUGUUGGGUUUGGCGAGGGUGCCGGUAGUACCGUAUCUGGGCCCAUUUAUCAUCGUCGAACGGCACCCCAAGCUUGGGGUCUUGAAAGAACCAAUUCCGGUCUGAGCGACGCCCGGCGGGAGCGUGACACUCAUAUGGGCGGUGACACGCCUGUAAGUGUGUCUGCACUACAGGAGCGCCGGGACGCUCGCAUGAUGGACGGUGUCGCGAUUGAUCCGAAUCCGGGCCAAGCGCCAGAGAACGACUCUUAUGUUGACACAACCUUCCGAGGCCCUGUCUCUGCGUCGCAACCUCAAUCACAAACUGCUGCUGCUCAGGAGGCGGCAGAGCGUAUUGUCCAGAGGUUGGACAGAGGUGAGACAAGGGCGCCUGCUUCGGGUCUCGUAGGGCCUGGGCGGGGUGAUGAGCCUUUGGGCAAGUUCUACUUUGAAGGCGAGAAGCGUGAUGAUUAG